AUGCAGCAACAGUCUUUUUAUGAAAAUACCAUUCCUAUUGCCAUAUCUCAGCUUCGAAACGAUAGGCAAACCCCCACCCUGUGUCGGUACUUUGACGGUGGCCAAUGUCGCGUAUUCAGAGUGACGUUUCCUGAUGGCGAGAGCUGGGAUGUACGAGUGGCUCUUUUUGUCCGCCAUGCUUCACGGAAGCUCGAAUUGGAGGGGUUCUCAUGGGCUGCAAGGCUCCAGGGCUGCAGUCUCACAUUCGACAAUGCCAUCAGAUACCCCUUUAUCGCGUUGACAUGGAUUCCGGGCCGCCAGCUUUCAUGGCCCGAUGACUUUCCGACGCGACCUCUUCGGGAUAAAAUCCUGGAGCAAGUUGCGACGAUGCAUGUCUCGCUGAUUGAAUGUAGCAAGGAGGCUAGGGGGUCUUCUUUAAAGCAUUUCACCCGGAUAAUUCAAAACAAGACCCGGCGGGUCCGCGAGGGUCUCCUUCCAGAACUCACGGAACAGGACUUCUCUGACCAGAUGAACAUUCUCCCUAAUGUUCCUUUGCCUGGGCUUGAUGAAGCACCUUUUGCAGUUACCCAUGGCGAUAUAUCACCACAAAACAUUCUUACAGAUGCACAAUACAACGUCACAGGGUCGUAG